AUGAAGCCGAUUUUCUCAGCCUUGAACGCUUGGAGCUGCGUGGUCAUUUCAUUCUUUGCCGUUAUCAUUCUAUCAAUUCUCGGAUCGCUAUACAACGCAAAUCACCCUGCAUUCACCGGAUCAGAAGGAACCCCCGAAGAUGGCACGGUGGUAGCCGGCUCUAUUUUCACUGCCGUGAUCAUUUACGCGGGCUUCUUUGUCUUCUGCGGUUUCCAGGCAUAUCUGCAUGUGCGAGCGAAUCGGAGGGGGGCUAUUUCGUUGAACUAG